GCUGGUUCUACGACGUAAAAGCCCGGGCUUGUGUGCCUUCAAUUACCCCAGUGCUUCUCAAACUCUUAGAUAUAUAGUCGUCUGAAGGCUGAAAGAAAGCCAUUCACAAAAUGCCCAUCCGUACCUACAUCUUCAAAGUUGAUCUUCUUGAGUCUCGAGACCCACAAAUCUCGAGGACCUUUUCCAUACCCGCAUCAUGGACGUUUCAAAAGCUUCAUGCCGCGAUCCAGCACGUCUUCCUCUGGCAGAACGAGCAUCUCCACGUGUUUUCGUUUCAAAUUCCAAUUGGAGGGGGCAUCAACAAAGUCGUAUCGAUACAAGAUACAGACAUGAUGGGGCGGGAUGAUGAAGAGGGGCCUAACGACAUCGUCCUGGAUGAGAAAACUGUCAAGCUCAAGGACGUAUGGGACAAAAACGGGAGGUAUCGCGGGGACGUCACCAACAACGGAACCCUAGGGGGCUGCUUCUAUGAAUAUGACUUUGGUGAUGCUUGGGAACACGAAAUUACUUUGUUGGCCGUUAGCACGUCUAAUGUCAAGGAAGUCUCGGUUCUCGAAGUAUCUGGUUGCGCACCCCUCGAGAACAGUCACGGAGUCCUGGGAUGGGAGGGCCUAAAAAGAGCCUUUGCAGAUCCAAACCCCGAUGACUUGUGCCUUGAAGCGAGGAGGUUAUCGUGGCUUGUUUCGCCUCUCGGUGGUGCAUUCCACCCCGCUGUAGCGCCGACUAUAGAGCAGCUCAAUGCACCUGGGCUAUUCGAUAAGCGAUUCAGGCAGAUUCGCAAGGGCAUUCUAUGAUGAAUGACAAGGUCUCGUUUCAGAGGCCUUUGGUUGUUACGGUAUUAUCGGAUUGCGCUCGGAUUGCGCUCCGAGUCCACACUACGGCAUUACGUAUAGUACGAGGACGGAACUCACUGGUCACCAUCCACGUUAAUUACAACGUACUUAGAUGCCUGUAAAAUAGCCAGAGCUGCAGCGUACUUGCUUGCUGCUGGCACUGCUAUGUAGUAUUAGAGGGAUACCCCAUCCUAAUGGCCACGGUAUAUUCGCUAAUUCUGAAUCUAGAUCUUGAGAUCCCGGUGCUUCGCCAAGUGUGAGCCUUUGUAUUCAUAUAACGAAUCGGACCAUAUGAUGUGAUAGUCGGUGAGUAGAAGAGACUCAAGCGCUGAGAGUUGGCACAGGAAACAACACGAUGUUGGUGGCUG